AAUUGUCAUCAAAAUUAUGAAGCAGACGAAACACCAAAGUAAACAACGUGUCAUUUUCUCGCAGACUCGAUUGUCAAUUGCUGUCUAAAUUUACGUUUCGCUAUGUCUGAAGAGCAAGUAGUUAAUAUGAUUUUCAACGAAGAAAAAGACGACGAUGAUGAAGAUGAACCAGAACUGUCUCUGUCAACCCUUGCUGCCUUGAACGAAUUUCUCUCAGAAAAGAAGGAAAGAGAAGAACGACUACGGUCAAUUGCAGAAUCAGCUGAAAAGGACAACAAAGUUCUCGACGAAGUUGUUUUAGAAGAAGAUUGGCAACUCAGCCAAUUUUGGUAUGAUGACCACACUUCCGCUGUUCUUGCCAGAGAAGCUUUGAGGCUAGCUGGCAGCGAUGGACGGAUUGCUUGUAUAUCUUGUCCAACUCUGUACAAAGAAUUAAGAAAACUGAAACCUGAAUCUGUCAAAGCCCACCUCUUUGAAUAUGAUACACGCUUUAGUGUGUAUGGAGAAGAUUUUACCUUUUAUGACUACCACUCUCCACUAGAAGUUCCAAGAGAGCUCGGUUCAUCAUUUGAAGUGGUAGUGGCUGACCCACCUUUCCUGAGCGAGGAAUGUUUAACUAAAACUGCUCUGACUAUGAGAUACCUCUCCAAAGGUCCACUCAUCCUUUGUACAGGAAGUAUUAUGGAGGACUUGGCGGGUCGUUUGCUACAGCUCAAAAUGUGUGCAUUCCAACCAAAACACCGGAAUAAUCUCGCUAACGAUUUUCGCUGCUAUGCCAACUACGAUUUUGAUUCAACAUUAAUCACUCAUGAAACGUGAUGAAGCAUAUUGAUUAUCACCUAAGUUUCUCGAAAGCUAUUCAGAAACUGGCUCAUACAUUUUUAAAUGACACAACACCAAGUGAUAAUAAAGUGAGAACGAAUCACGAUAAAACCUUCAAAU